AGCCUUUUCGGUCCAAAGCGAUUCUGAUUGCCUGCCAUGCCGAUGGCCAAGGUUUUCCAUGCAGCGGUGGCCGCAGUGCUGGUCAGGAGCAGUGCUGAGUGCAGUGGGGCUGCUUGCGCGGCUGUGGAUGCUGCUGGUGAAGAGCAGCAUUCCUUACUGCAGAGAGGUGCUGAAGGUACGAGGUCAGCAACUUCGCUGCCGGAAGCUCAUCGAGCGAACAGCAGCACGCUGCAGCGGUCCGUGCAGCUGAGCGGCGCCAACCAUAGCAAGGCCUGCGUGAAGAUUACAGGUGGUUCAUGUGCCAUCACUCAAAUUUGCGAUGACAGCCGCAGUGCUAGCUGCGAUACGCAGCAGGGAUCGCUCACUUGGGGCCAGUGUGUUUGCCCGGAGUUUACGUGCGCCUCAAAUGGAGCCUGCUCGUGGUCCGCGGGUGAAAUUCGCGACGCUGUUGGCAGCGGCGCCACCAAUGUUGUUGAAAAGGUGACCGCAACAGCAGCCCAAAUCCCUGGCCUGGCAGACGCAGCUGGCGCCGUGCAAGGAGUGUGGGACACCCUUGGCGGCUUGAUGGGCUCCGUAUUUGGCACUUCAGGCUGCUCUGGCUAUGUCGGGUUGUGUUGGGGCCAAUGCUCCAAUCAGCAGCAGCUGGGAUACACAGCCUCCUGCCAGUACGGCUCCUGCCAGUGCAAGCCUGGUUUUUGCUCCAAAAACGGCGUUUGCGAGAUGGACCUGUCCGGAAUUCUCCAGGGGCGAUGAGGAUCAAGACAGUGGAAGAGCAAAACUCACGGACACGUCCGAAAUAGGGAUCAGAAAUACAGCGAGACA